CGGUGCCUCUCGUGGACGGACGCUCCCCAGAAGCCGAAGCGAGCAGAGGUGUCGCUCCGCGCGCCCCCGCCCGGACCGGCGCAGGUAGAGCGGCUCUGUGCGGUCGCGGUCGCCGCUCCUGCCCGUCUCCUUCCUCCCUCCGCCCUGCCGGCAGCGGGGCGCCGCUGCUCGGGGGGCCAUGGCGGGGGCGCCCGGGGGGCGGUAGCUCGGCCGGCGGCAGGUGAGGAGCUCAGAACUUUACUGCCCUGUCUGCAGUGGCAGCAGAUGGCUUUGAAACCAGUCUUGAUCCAGCGCAAGACUCCUGUGAGCUUGCCACAUCUUGCCUAAUGGAAUUGCUCAGACUUUCACUGCUGUAAAGGAGGAGGAGAUUUAGAUUCUUCAUAGUUGGCACUGAAAGACUACCCACUUACUAUUUUGGUGAUUAUCAUUCCUGACCCAUGAAAACUCUUCCAGCAGUCCUACUUGAUGUUUUACCUGAAACCACAGGAAUUUCCAUGGGAUGCAGAUCAUGCCACGGGACUGCAUUUGGGUAAAGAAUGAAUUCUGCGUUUCCCUGGGGAGUCUUCCAACACUUUUUCUAAAUUACCUUUUAAUGGUUGUUCUAAGGGAGCUUGUUUGAAAUAAAUGGUAUUGGAUCAUGAGCGAAGAAAAAAGCUUUGGUGUAUCCCAGAAAAUGUUGUCUCCUUCAAGAAGUACUAGCAGCUGCUCUUCCAAGCAAGGAAGUCGACAGGACAGCUGGGAAAUUGUAGAAGGACUCCGGGGAGCAAUGAAUUGUACCCAGGAACCACAGAAGCAGGAGGGCUGCUUGCUGAAAAAGAGGAAAUGGCCUUUGAAGGGCUGGCAUAAGAGAUAUUUCUUUUUGGACAGAGGGAUUUUGAAGUAUUCUAAAUGCCAAGCUGAUAUAGAGAGAGGGAAGCUUCAUGGCUGUAUUGAUGUUGGACUUUCUGUAAUGUCUGUAAAGAAAUCAACGAAAUGUAUAGAUUUGGAUACAGAAGAGCAGAUAUACCAUCUGAAGGUGAAAUCUCAGGAGCUGUUUGAUGAAUGGGUAGCAAAACUUCGUCACCACAGAAUGUACCGUCAGAACGAAAUCUCCAUGUUUCCUCAUGAUGUCAAUAAUCUUUUUUUCCCUGUGUCUACUACUGCGGACUCUGUCUCUGGUUUCUGUGAUUCUACUCCGGGUAGAAAGGCAGGCAGCUUGACCAAACAGAAUUCGUUGUCAGCUGGAGUUAACUUGUCAUUUUCCUUUUCAAGUAAUGAGUCCAGGAUUUCAUCCUGGCUACAAUCUUCUGAAGACAUGGAAAAAUGCUCAAGAGACCUCUCCAACUGUCACACAUAUUUACUGGAAAUGAACCAGCUGUUACAGAGCAUGGAUGUUCUUCACAGGACAUACUCAGCGCCUGCUAUAAAUGCCAUGCAGGUUGGACCUUUUGAAAGCCCCAAGAAGGAAAAGAGAACACACAGGAGAUGGCGAUCCAGAGUUGUUGGGAAAGAGGGUAAAGGAAUGUUACAGGUGCCUUCAGUAUUUUCUGCCCCUAUGAGACUGCAUGCUUCCAACCCGAACUUAUCUACAAUAGAUUUUGUAGAAGAGAAAAAUUAUUCCGAUGGUUCUGAAACAUCAUCAGAAUUUACUAAAAUGCAAGAGGACUUAUUUCAUAUUGCACAUAAAGUUUACUUCACCUUGAGGUCAGCUUUCAGCACCAUAUCUACAGAGAGAGAAAAGCUGAAGCAGAUGCUGGAGCACGAUGCAUCCUCAUCUCCAUCUGCACAAAUAGUUGGCUUGAAGAAUGCCUUAACAUCCGCAAUAGCACAAAACACAGAUCUUAAAGACCGGUUACGCAGAAUACAUGCCGAAUCUAUGAUCCUUGAUUCAGCAUCUAAUGCAAAAUCAAGUCCAGAUUUGGUGAAGGAAAAUUCGAGAGAAGAAAGCAGAGGUCUGGUGCACCAGGUCUCAAAUGAAAGCAGACUGUCUAUAGCUGACUCUCUCACAGAAUUUUUUGAUGCACAGGAAGUCCUGCUCUCUGCUAGUUCUUCAGAAAAUGAGGUAUCAGAUGAUGACUCAUAUGUAAGUGAUAUCAGUGAUAAUGUCUCAGAAGAUAACCUAAGCAAUGACAUGGAGAAUGAAAGACAAACUUUAGACUGUAUUUCUGAAAGUGGAAUCGGAUGCAAUUCUAAACGGAGAACAUGUUUACCAGCUCCGUGUCCUAAUACAAGUAACAUCAGCCUAUGGAAUAUCCUGAGAAAUAACAUAGGAAAGGAUCUCUCCAAAGUGGCCAUGCCUGUUGAAUUAAAUGAGCCACUUAACACCCUUCAGCGUCUCUGCGAGGAGCUGGAGUACAGUGAACUACUAGAUAAAGCAGCACAUACACCUAAUCCAUUUGAACGGAUGGUGUAUAUAGCUGCAUUUGCAGUCUCUGCGUAUGCAUCCAGUUACUACCGAGCUGGAAGUAAGCCAUUUAAUCCUGUGCUUGGGGAAACCUAUGAAUGUAUUCGUGAAGAUAAGGGUUUCCAGUUCUUCGCAGAACAGGUCAGUCACCAUCCGCCUAUUUCUGCAUGCCAUGCUGAAUCUGUGAAUUUUGCUUUUUGGCAAGAUGUAAGAUGGAAAAACAAAUUCUGGGGAAAGUCCAUGGAAAUUGUUCCAGUUGGUACAACACAUGUAACUCUUCCAGCUUUUAAAGACCAUUUUGCAUGGAACAAGGUGACAUCUUGUAUCCAUAACAUCUUAAGUGGGCAGAGAUGGAUUGAACACUAUGGAGAGAUCAUCAUCAAAAAUCUUAAUGAUGACACUUGCCACUGCAAACUGACUUUUAUAAAGGCAAAGUAUUGGAAUCCAAAUGCACAUGAGAUCGAAGGCAGUGUCAUGGAUAAAGCUGGAAAAGUUGUGCAUCGACUUUUUGGGAAGUGGCAUGAAAGUUUGUACUGUGGGACAACUUCAUCUUCAAACUGCAUAUGGAGAGCAAAUCCGAUGCCUAAAGAUUAUGAACAGUGGUAUGGAUUUACUCAAUUUGCACUGGAGUUAAAUGAACUGGACCUGCAAACUAGGUCAUUACUUCCAUCCACUGAUACACGUUUUAGGCCGGACCAAAGGUUUCUAGAAGAAGGGAAUAUUGAAGGGGCUGAAAUGCAGAAGCAGAGGAUUGAGCAGCUACAGAGAGAACGACGGAAGGUGCUGGAAGAAAACAAUCUAGAGCAUCAGCCUAGAUUUUUCAGGAAAUCCAACGAUGACUCCUGGGUGAGCAAUGGAACUUACAUGGACCUUAGAAAAGAACCUGGUUUUUCCAAACUGGACAAUCCUGUCCUCUGGUGAAAGAGGAGCUAAGUGAAGAUAUUCUGUGUGUAUUCUCAGAUCUGAUUUAAAAGAAGUAUAUACAAAAUAUAUCUCUCUAUAUAUAACUAUAUAUACACACACACAGAGACACAAAUAAUAUAUUUGUGGGGGGUGUGUACGUGUACAAGUGUGCAUAUCACCAGAAUUGUGCUUAAUUUAGAAUCUGAUGAUUAAUGUUUCCUUUGACUAUUGCAGUGAUUAUUUGAAUGUAUAAAUGCCCUAGCUUCUUUUUAUAAAGUAUUUAAUAAAUAGUACUGAAUGUUAGCAGCAAGAGGGCAAAGCGGAGCUUUUACACUACUUUUCCAAUAUUAAUAACGUCAGUUCUGAGUUAACUUAUGCCUUAUUGAAUUGCAUUGGAGACAGCAGCAGCCUCUCCUAGCUGUGCUGAGAAAUCAGAGUGCAAGCCUUAGCAACUCAAACUGUAAGUAGGCUUCCACAGUUCAAUGAGUAGUUCAGCUGUCUCUGGGCUGGUAUAAAUUGCUAAAACAGACUAUCAGCUGGUGCUGGAAUCUGAGUGAUGUUUUGCUGCCUGUAGAAAAGAUUUAAAUAAGCUUUUGUUUCUAUUAGCUUACUCCUUAGCAUUACGGAAGAAGUAGUUCUGAGCUUAUAUCAGUGGUUCUACUGCCUUAUACAUGAACUGUACCCAGCUAAAUAUAGUGCUAGAAAUGCAGGAAUCGCCAAAAUUUUCCACUGGGAAAAAUUUCCACUUCAGAUUUAUAGCCCCCAACAGGGCAAAAGGAGGACAUUCUUUGUAUAUACUGCUGGAGCACUGACUAGAUGAAGAAGCUCUCUCUUUUUCCAGUAAGUAAAAUCUACACAGAGCACGAAAUCCUGUGCUUCCGUAGCUUCAUUUGCUUUUAUUAACCUAAAAAUUGCAACAGUAAGACUUUUUAAAAAGUGAGCUGAUUGUUUUAAGCUAGAAAUUUUUUCUUAGUAUUUUGAUAUUUUCUACCUCUUAAGAAAUAAACAGCAUAUUUAAGAUCUUAUAUUUAAAAAAUGACCAUCUGCCUUAUGGAGAAGUGUAUGGAGUCUUUGAUCUUCCUCUGUUUGUUAUGUUCAGAUAAGUAUUCAAGUAUCUUGCACUAAAUCAAUUGCAUCCCCUUCCUGUAAUUUUAUACAUAUGGCUAGAUUUGUGAAACUACUAAAUCAUAGGUCAGAAAUUUAGCAGGAAACAAAUGUAGCAGAAGUCGUGCUUUUGCAUCAAGAUUAUAGAGAUGGGCAGUAUUUUUGUGUUUUCCAUCAAAUCAAGAUGGCACAGUCGUAACAGAAUAAUUUGCAUUCCUGUCUAUCUGCAACUCAAGCCUGACCUAUAUGAUUCUUCAAGUCUGUUCUGUGUGUCUGUGGCUCUGGCAACAACAGUUUCCAAGUUAUCGAUCUAUAUCCCGUCACCACCCACACCCCCUUUUCUCACACGCCGCUUCAGUGACACAAAACAAAUCCAUGCGUCGCUGGCGUGUUAAACUGGUUUAUGACUGGAACAAUUGGACAUGGCAUGGAGACGGUAGACUCUUAGAAGGACCAGUAGCUUAGAAAAGCUUGCACUUUACUGUGUGCUGCAUUGUUCUAAAGAAAACCCAUUAAAAAUAGAUCUAUGUAUUAUAUGUAACACGACGGAAAUACGAUGAAUGCUUCCAUUUUAAACCAAAUCUGUGAUGUCAUAUUGGAUUUAUAUUUGAAUUUUGCUUUCUGUUACCUUGAAGCCCCAUUGUCUUAAAGGCAGACGAAUGCUUUUUCACCGUUUUUCACUUUGCCCAGGAAUUCUGCCUCACUAUUAAUUCCGUAAUUACCAAAGAAAGAAGAUAGCAUAAUACUUUGUAUUUAAUACAUCGUUUAAGCACUCGACUACUACGCCAGCAGCUUACAAUAAGGCAAGGUUCACAUCCAUAUGAAGACAAAAUUUGGGCUUUGAUUCCAAAGGAAAUCUUAAACUUUGGGGGCUGUUUGGUUUUUCAAGGAAAGUGAAGAUCUCUUCAUAGCUUGUUCCCUUCCUAUGUUUUAUUCUUGUAUUAACUGUCAAAACUUAGCACAAAAAUGUGUUGAUAUUUGUAAUUAUCCUUGCUGUUGGUAAUUACCAUUUAUACUAAAAAUAACGUUCAUUUAAUAACAAAAGAGGAUAGGGGGAUAAAAUAAAAAAGGUUUUAAGGGAUCAAAAUUUGCGGAGGAUGCAUUAAACUUGCUCAUUGUUAUAUCUGGCAGCUACUGUGAUUGCUGUCUGAUCUGGUUGCUGGGUUUGUAUUUUCUAUGUAUGGAGGGGAUUUCCCCAUACUUCAUCGUAUGAGCUAAUAGUUGAUAGCAUCUGAAACUAAAAGGGUUAGAGGCCAAAAGGCAAAGUUAAAUAAUUGUAAUGCAUUAAAAUUAUCAGGUGUUAAAUGAAACUAAUCUCAUAUUGGGUGUUUAAGUCAUGAUUUUUGAGAAAUCAGACUGGCAGUGUUGCCUUGUAUCUUGCUAAAUACUUAUCUAAAAUGUCUAAAAUACACCUGAUUAAUGACAAGAAGCAUUGAUAUAAAAUUUUCUUGUAAUUUUAAAAUUCCCAUGUCAAGAAAGUAAACUUCAGAAUAUUACUACCAUCUCCAGAAAAAUAAUGCCUGAGAAUAAUCCAGGGAAUUUAAUAAAUACACAAAGCAAAAUCAUUGCACAAGUUAUAGCUCCUUUUGUAAAUCUCAGAUACGCAUUUGCAAACACGAUAUAACAAGUUGUGAAUGAUUCUCUGACCCCAUGUUUCCAGCUGCAGUGUAAUUGUCCCUGCUUACUUUUGUAUGAAACAACUGGGUUUAGUGUUAAACUUCUUUGUAUAUUAAGAAGUGGAAGAAAAUUGUCUUGACGUGACUUCUGUGUAUUUCUGCAUUAAAAUAUACUCAUCAUUCACAAACCUUAAUAUACUCUAUACAGUUAUUCUUGCUAAAAUAGGAAAUUUUGCUAAGUUUUUUCCCCCAGAACUUCAGAUUUAUUAAUGGGUGCAAAAUUUACAUUAGCUUUCUGCAAUAUAAGUCAGCUGUUGUUUUUAAUAGUUGACUUGUUCCCCCAUUCCUAUCCUGACCGGUAAAAAUAAUGUAUCAGGCAACUUGCUGCUUCCUUUCAUACACAGCCAUGAUCCCCGAGCUGUUUAACUCAACGGAUCAGUCUUAAAAUUUCCUGAUGACCAUUGCCUGCUGGUACAGCUCUUUUAUUUGAUGACUUUAUAAACAUUAAUUAAUACAAUUUUGGAGGGCUGGUUGAGAACACUGCUUUUCUUUGUGUAUCCCUUCACAAAGUAAAACACUCGCUAUAAACUUAGAUCAAGAUGAUGGAGCGGCUCAGGCCUUUGGGUGUUAAAACACUGGCUCUGUUUUCAAAUUACACAGCAAAGAAAGGAAAAAAAAAAAAUUAUCCAGGGAAAUAAUGUUCAUAGAAACAGAAACCCGCAGCUCUACUUCCAGAUUUGCAGACUCAACACGGUUGCUGAUUUUGGUAGAGUGUAAGUUUGGGAUUAUGAAACAGCCUAACUUGUUUAGGAUGCUACUCUUGGUAGCAUAAAGUGCCCUUUAGACUGACCAGGACUGGAAUGCACUGUUAAUCACUGCGUUCCUUUGAAUCUCUGCUCUCUGAGAUUUGCUUUGUGUUAGUUUGCCAGCACUGACCUACUUCUUUUAGAUGCUUUUUGAAAUACAGAUCCAGCAAAGUACUUAGGGUCUUUAUACAGAGCUCAGAAAAUGAGAUGCAUGGAAGGAAAAGUGAAAACAGUCACAACUUUGAGAAGGAAAAAUCCUAGAGAUCUGUUCUUCCACCAAAAAGUUUUGUUUGAAGGACUGGAAACAAGAUUGCUGCUUUCUUUUGAAACCUGGCUCCUGAAGGAGGUGGUGGUUGCAAACACAGGCACCUGUUAUUCGGCACUUCAGUGUUGAAGCCAGAUUGCUGUGCAGAAAGGAACACAAAUUCAUGGUGCCAGAAUGUACAACCAGGGACAGCUUUGGGGUUGUGCAAAGGUCCAGUGCUGGUCUCAAAAAAACAACCUCUCAAAGACCCUACCCCUUUCCAUGCCCCCCACUUGCCCUCGGCUGUUUACAGUCCCGUUAAGGUUUUCUGUGGGGCCACUCACAUCUAAAAGUCCUUAUUCAGUGUCCCAUUUUUCUCUUUAUUAAAAAAAUUUCUGAAGAAUAGGAAAACAGUCCAUUCUAACAAGCUUUUAAAUGACAAAUCUGGCCUAAAAGCUGUAGUUAACAACUUCCCCCAUAAACAUUGUGGCCUACUUCUGUAUCUUUUCCUUGACUGUGAACAAGACUUUCUUCCCACCUGGAUGCUGGAGUCUGACCUUGUAAGGGUAGCGUGCUGUGGGAAGGGGCAGCUGUAUCUGCUCAGCAUAAUUAAUGUCCUUGCAUCUGCUUUUGUGUCAAUCUCUUCUGGUGUCUCUCUAGAUGACCAGCUUUGCAGAGCAGGAAAUUUUCAGCAUACCUUAUUUUAUUCAAUACAGGGUUUUUUUUUUGUGUACAACUCUGAGAGGGCAAGCUGGAGUGCAAAACUUGGCCCGCUGUGCAUAUAUGAUAGAGAGAAGGAUGAAAUCAAACUUCUCCACAUAACUGAAUACAUCGUGCAAGGGCUGGAGUCAGUGCUAUUCAAAGGAGUGAAGUUAAAAAACAAAAGGUUUUUUUUUGGUUGAGUGUGUUUUCAUUCAUGAAUUCAUGUCUACUAUAAAUAAAAAUCCCAGUAUUCACCAAAA